GUACAAAGUUGGCACAGCUGCCUUUGGACUUCUGGCUCUUCUUCUGCUCGGUCUUAUCAUUUACCUUGCUUGCCAUAUGGAAGUGAGAAGAAGAAACUCAUCAGAAGAGAGAAGUGAACUCAAGAAGACACUGAAUGACUUGGUUUCGAAGCAGAAUUCCUGGACUGAAGAGAGAGACAAUUUGACGAGGAUAAACUCUGAAACUGAGGCCAGAUUAACAGCAAUCUCGCUAGAAAGAGAUGAGCUGAAGAAGAGCCUCAACAUUACAGUUCAACUAGGAUGGAGGAUUUUCAGAGGCGGUGCGUUCUACAUUUCUUUUACAGAAAAGACUUGGCAGGAAAGUAGAACCUACUGUCAGUCUUUAGGUGCAGACCUGAUGGUUAUCAACAGCAAAGAAAAACAGGACUUUGCGAACAGUUUCCAGACGAACAUGUGGAUCGGCCUGACUGACUCAGAGACGGAGGGAAGUUGGAAAUGGGUGGAUGGGAGUCCACUGACCACAAGCUACUGGCCAGACGGUGAGCCAAACGGUAAGAGAGAUGAAAACUGUGGUGCUAUAAAGACUUUCACCGCAGAGAGAAGCUGGAAUGAUAGAGCAUGUUCUGCCUCACUUAAAUGGAUUUGUGAAAUGUCGCUCUCCUAAUAGUAGUGCUUGCAGUUGCAUUUAUUGUUGCAAAAUUUUUGCUUUCGGUUACACGGCUGUGGCAUGUUUUAGAUUCCCUCAUUCUGUUAAAUUAAUUCUUGUUACAUAAUGUGUUUUUAAUCAAUGUCCUCAAAAUCAAAGUGCUGAUAUUUAUUUCUUCCUGCUCAGGCCAGUUUUAUGCUAAAAACAGAUUUGUUCAGAAAGGUUUUAACAAUUUUGAAUAUU